AUGAAAGUUUUGGUUGUAUUGGCUGUUCUGACUGGCAUCGCCUUGUCCAAGACAUUGGCUGACUAUCCCAGAAAUCCUCUGGACAUCAGUAUGUACAAGGACUUCGAUACCCACGCCCAAGGAAUCGCUGACUCCAGACUGUGCCCUCCUUGCAAGCAACUUUUAACCACCGUUAAGGCCAAGUUAGAGGAAUUAGACAGAUACGACCGUGAAACCCUGAAGCCAGCUGUAAAGGUAAGAAUGUUUCUUACAUCUUACGUAAUCAACAUUUUUUAAACUACAGAAUAAUAAAUUUUAUUUUAUGUUACUAUAAAGUUAUGCUGAUUUAGGAAUACUGUCACACCUACUACGGCAAGAUCGAAAAGCUAGAACAACUCUGCCAACAACUCUCAGAGAAGGCCCUUGACCAGUUGGCUGACUGGCUUGAAGAAGAGAACUACAAGAUUGACCCAGAGAAGGCAUGCAUUGCUAUUCACCUUUGUUAA